CAAAGCUGCUGUGCUGGUGGAUUAUGACUGCAGGGGAGCUGCAUUGCAUCUGCAAAUCUCCUUUGUACGUCUAGGGCACCUCUGAGCAGAUGCUGCACUGCAGUGCACCCCACAGAGGAGGGCUCACCCAGACAUCCUGAGCGAGGGGGGGUCCAGCUCCCACCCCCUGUCCUCGCACUGUGACCUGUGGCACUUUACAGUCCCUCUUCUGCUGCUGCAUGGGCUGCUCUGACUCCGGCUCCACUUGAAGUUCAGGCAAGUAAGGCUCCAUGCGGCACAUCCACGCGGAGAUGUCCCUGCCCCCAGAGCGCGGCAUGGACCCCAGCCUGUCCCGGCCCAUUGGAGAGGCGCCCUUGGAGCCUUCCUCACAGCGCUGCACCCACCAUGGCAUCUUCAUGGGCUACAACGAGACAGAGAUCAAGCGCCAGAAGGUUUACCAGGUCUCUAUUUUCUCCCAUCUCUCCAGCUCCUCUGAGAGCACAGAGCAGCGGGCAGGCAGCCAGCCAGCUGUCAAGAGGGGUUACCCCGAGCAGCAAACUCUGGAGGGGGGGCGAGAUCCCAAACAAACUCACUGGGGUGGUGGUGGGGUGGACAGCAAGUAUGACAGGGGCCCUGGGCAGGCUACCCUGAAUGAUGAUGAUACCUUUGAGGACAGUCUGCUGGUGGAAGAGCUAUCCCUGUGUGGCUCUGCCCAGCACUUCUCCCACAGCGGGCUGCAGGUGGUGGAGCACCGGUGUGAGGGCAGCCCUUGCCACAGCCCCAAGGCCAGCAGAGAGGACAAGUCACGGGGUGUCUCCUCCUCCUCCUGGCACAUUGCUUGCAGUACUUUGCACACGAGAGAUGGUUGCCCUGUCCUGCCGGGGGAUCAGCCCCCAGACUAUGGUGAUAACAGGGAGCGGGCGAGUGGCUACAACCUACUUUACCUUGAUUUGCACAAUAUUGCACAAACUCCCCAGUUGGACUCUAGUGGGAAGAGAGAGAAGCCAGGGAGCAGCAUGGCUCACAGCAGCAGGACUAGUGGAGAAGAGGAGCGGCCAGUGGUGGCCAACAGGUGCAAGGAGCCCCCAGCUCUGCAGACAGCGCUCAGCCCCGAGCCCAACAACACGAGCUCCCUGGAGAAGACACCCUGUGGGAGCAGCUGGCUUGGUGGCAGCAGCUGCCCAGCCAAAAGGAAGCUGCUGCCCGCUGGUGAGGUUGUGGCUGACUCCUGCUCCGAGAACGAGAGCCUGUUCCCACCAAUGAGGAAGAAGAGGGCCCUGCCAUGCCAUAUGGUGCCCACAGCCUGCCGCAGCACCGAUGCCAAGGGGGCACCUUUCUGGAACCACCUGCUUCCCAUGGCCAAGAGCCCUGCAGAUUGCACUGCAGUCAGGAGGAGGCUGAAGAGCAGGCUGCGCCUCAAAUCGCGACAUCUCUGGAGCAGCCUCCGGAGGGGUACCAGGUCCUCCACAGCGCCUUGGGCCACCACCACCAUCAGCCAUGCUCUGCUGGGCAACUUUGAGGAGUCCGUCCUGAAAGGGCGCUUUGCACCGUCGGGGAGGAUCCAGGGGUUCACGGCAGAGAUCGGUGCCAGUGGCUCCUACUGCCCCCAGCACGCCACCCUGCCCGUUGAUGUCACCUACUUCGACAUCUCCAAACAUAGUGCACCCUCGCCUUUCCUGGGAGUGAUUGACUUGGAGGCCUUGGGAAAGAAAGGCUACAGUGUCCCCAAAGCUGGAACCAUCCAAGUGACCUUAUUUAACCCCAACAAGACUGUGGUGAAGAUGUUCUUGGUGACGUACGACUUCCAGGACAUGCCGGCCAACCACAUGACCUUCCUACGCCACCGCAUCUUCCUGGUGCCCGGGGGGGAGGAGGAAAGGGUCACUGUGGCCCCCAGCAACCCACCAGGCACCAGCCCACCCUGCAGGGUCCUCUGCUACCUGAUGCACCUAAGGUUUCACAGCUCCAAGUCAGGGAAGAUCUACCUUCAUGAUGACAUCCGGCUGCUUUUCUCCCGCAAGUCGAUUGAGGUCGACUCGGGGAUCCCCUGUGAACUGAAAUCCUUUACGGAGAUGCCGAGGAACCCCUGCUACUCGCCCCGAACCUGACCUUCUCCAUCCCCCAGGGCCACCGGGGAGCCUCUAGCCCAGCACCUUGGGGAGAGAUGAGUAAAGGGCCAGCGAGCAAGCACCACCUUGAUGUAUUGCCCUCCCUGUGUGCCCCCGUCCCCCUGAGCAGCACAGAUGCCGUGCCUGUGCCCUGCGGCAGGGCUGAGAACACUGAGGGGGCUUCACCAGGAGGGGCAGGGGCUGGGGAGCAGCCCCAGUGU